CCCAAAAUGAGGACUUCCCUGCAGGCAGUGGCACUCUGGGGACAGAAGGCCCCUCCCCACAGCAUCACUGCCAUCAUGAUCACUGAUGACCAGCGAAUGAUUGUGACUGGAAGUCAAGAGGGUCAGCUCUGUCUCUGGAAUCUCUCACAUGAACUAAAGAUUUCAGCAAAAGAACUCCUGUUUGGUCAUUCAGCUUCAGUAACAUGUUUGGCAAGAGCAAGGGACUUCUCUAAACAGCCCUACAUUGUUAGUGCUGCUGAAAAUGGGGAGAUGUGUGUUUGGAAUGUCACCAAUGGACAGUGCGUGGAGAAGGCUACACUUCCUUACAGGCACACUGCAAUCUGUUAUUACCACUGCUCAUUCCGGAUGACAGGAGAAGGCUGGCUUCUUUGUUGUGGAGAAUAUCAAGAUGUCCUUAUAAUUGACGCCAAAACUUUGGCUGUUGUUCACAGUUUUAGAUCAUCUCAGUUUCCCGACUGGAUCAACUGCAUGUGCAUUGUUCACUCCAUGAGAAUUCAAGAAGAUUCUCUCUUGGUGGUAUCAGUAGCUGGUGAGCUCAAAGUAUGGGAUCUUUCCUCAUCUAUCAACAGCAUUCAGGAAAAGCAAGAUGUCUAUGAAAAAGAAUCCAAGUUUCUUGAGUCCUUGAACUGCCAGACAAUUCGAUUUUGCACAUAUACUGAGAGACUUCUAUUGGUGGUAUUUUCUAAAUGUUGGAAGGUUUAUGAUUAUUGUGAUUUUUCCCUUCUGCUGACUGAAGUUAGUAGAAACGGGCAGUUCUUUGCUGGUGGAGAAGUGAUUGCUGCUCACAGAAUCCUCAUCUGGACAGAAGACGGUCACAGUUACAUCUAUCAGCUGCUGAACAGUGGGCUUUCAAAAAGCAUAUACCCUGCUGAUGGAAGAGUGCUUAAAGAGACCAUUUAUCCUCAUUUAUUGUGCUCUACUUCUGUGCAGGAAAAUAAGAGCCGUCCCUUUGUUAUGGGCUACAUGAAUGAAAGGAAAGAGCCUUUUUACAAGGUACUUUUCUCUGGAGAAGUCUCAGGAAGAAUUACUUUGUGGCACAUCCCUGAUGUUCCUGUAUCCAAGUUUGAUGGUUCUCCUAGAGAGAUACCAGUAACUGCCACCUGGACUCUUCAAGAUAAUUUCGAUAAGCAUGAUACUGUGUCACAAACUAUUAUUGACUAUUUCUCCGGGCUUAAAGAUGGGGCAGGAACUGCUGUAGUCACUUCAUCAGAGUAUAUUCCAAGUCUUGAUAAACUAAUAUGUGGCUGUGAAGACGGGACAAUUAUCAUUACCCAGGCUUUGAAUGCUGCCAAAGCAAGACUUCUAGAAGGUGGUUCUUUAGUAAAAGAUUCUUCCCCUCACAAAGUUCUUAAAGGCCACCACCAAAGUGUCACUUCAUUACUUUACCCACAUGGUCUCUCUUCGAAAUUAGACCAAAGUUGGAUGUUGUCUGGGGACCUAGACUCAUGUGUCAUCUUGUGGGAUAUCUUUACUGAAGAAAUUUUGCAUAAAUUCUUUUUGGAAGCUGGUCCAGUAACAAGUCUUUUGAUGUCACCAGAGAAGUUUAAACUAAGAGGUGCGCAGAUAAUUUGCUGUGUGUGCAGUGACCAUUCCGUAGCUCUCCUUCACCUUGAGGGAAGGAGUUGCCUCCUGCGUGCCCGGAAGCACCUUUUUCCUGUGAGGAUGAUAAAAUGGCACCCGGUUGAGAAUUUUUUAAUUGUUGGAUGUGCAGAUGACUCAGUCUAUAUCUGGGAAAUUGAAACAGGCACUUUGGAAAGACAUGAGACAGGAGAAAGAGCACGAAUUAUUCUUAAUUGUUGUGAUGAUUCACAGCUUGUGAAGUCUGUAUUUCCCAUUGCCUCAGAGACACUUAAGCACAAAAGUAUAGAACAGAGAUCCUCCAGCCCCUACCAGCUUGGGCCAUUACCUUGCCCUGGUCUGCAGGUGGAGUCUUCAUGUAAGGUUAUUGAUGCCAAAUUUUGCCCAAGACCUUUUAAUGUCUUGCCUGUGAAGACAAAAUGGAGUAACGUGGGCUUUCAUAUUCUUCUAUUUGAUCUGGAAAACCUUGUUGAACUUUUGCUACCAACUCCACUCAGUGAUGUUGACUCUUCCAGUUCAUUCUAUGGUGGUGAGGUCCUGAGAAGAGCCAAGAGCACAGUGGAGAAGAAGACACUGACACUGAGAAAAAGUAAAACUGCCUGUGGUCCUCUUUCAGCAGAGGCACUAGCCAAGCCUAUUACUGAAAGCCUGGCCCAAGGAGAUAAUACCAUCAAAUUCUCAGCAGAAAAUGAUGGCAUUAAAAGGCAGAAGAAAAUGAAGAUCUCCAAAAAAAUGCAGCCUAAGCCAUCAAGAAAAGUAGAUGCCAGUCUCACAAUAGACACAGCUAAAUUGUUUCUGUCUUGCCUUUUGCCAUGGGGAGUGGAUAAAGAUUUAGAUUAUCUUUGCAUUAAGCACCUCAAUAUUUUAAAGCUUCAGGGUCCUAUUUCUUUGGGAUUUGCUUCGAAUGAAGAUAAUUUCUCACUGAUGUUGCCAGGUUGGGAUUUAUGCAAUACUGAAAUGAUAAAAGACUAUUCAGGAGUAAAUUUAUUUUCCAGGAAAGUUUUGGACUUGUCAGAUAAAUACACAGCCACUCUUCCAAAUCAGGUUGGAAUUCCAAGAGGAUUGGAAAAUAAUUGUGAUUCUUUGCAAGAGUCAGAUACUAUAGUUUAUUUGUUGAGCAGACUAUUUUUAGUUAAUAAGUUAGUUAACAUGCCUUUAGAAUUGGCAUGUAGAGUUGGCAGUUCUUUCAGAAUGGAAUGUGUACAUAAUAAGGUGAGAAGUGCUGGGAAUGACAUUUUAAAUAUGUCAAGCUUCUACAGUUGCUUACGAAAUGGUAAGAAUGAAUCCCAUGUACCUGAGGCUGACCUUUCACUUUUGAAGCUAAUUUCCUGUUGGAGAGACCAGUCUGUGCAGGUAACUGAAGCAAUACAAGCUGUUCUCUGGGCGGAAGUUCAACAACACAUGAAGAGUUUGGGAAAGAUACCAGUCAAUAGUCAACCCGUGUCCAUGGCAGAGAAUGGUAACUGUGAGAUGAAGCAGAUGCUGCCAAAGCUGGAAUGGACAGAAGAACUGGAGUUACAGUGUAUUAGAAACACUUUGCCUCUGCAAACUCCAGUCAGUCCGGUCAAGCAUGACAGCAACUUAAACUCGGCAAACAUCCAAGACGUGGAGGACAUGCCUGACAGAUGUGUCUUGGAAGAGUCUGAGAGUCCAGGUGAGCCAAGGCAUCAUUCAUGGAUAGCAAAGGUCUGCCCCUGCAAGGUGUCUUAAAUGCAAUCUCAUCAGUAGGAGCUGAAUUUGAACAAAUUAAGAAAUCCAAAAGAUGCCAUUUGUUUGUUACUAUAUAAAAGCAUUGUUGUUAUUGGUCAAGUUAUUAGGCUGUAGUGGAUUUGCUAAUACUUUAGCCAACAUGUAUUAAAGUGAUUUUAAUACAUGCUGAUUAAAAUGCAAUACAUACUGAUUGAAAAUAUUCAUAUUCAUCUAAUUUUAGAAAAAUAUUGUCUAGAUCAUUCUCCAUUCCUGUUUCUUACUUUUUCUGUUAAUAUUUCCAACAGGGAAUGCCAGUCCACAGACACAAAUUUAAUACUGCUUUAAAUUUUCUCCUAUCCUUUUAGUCCCUGAAUUAUAUAAUAAACAAUGUUAAAACCAAUGUAGUACACAAUACUUAUAAAUUUAAUGUUGCUUCAAGGUAUUUAAUCUAAAAUUUUACCAACUUUGAUUUGUCUGGUUAGGAUAUUUUGUUUUAGUGGAUAUGCUUUAAUUCGUAUCAAUUACUGCAGUAAAUCUCAUCCCUAAGCAUGAAAUGUUGUCAACAAAUAACCAGUUCCAUUUAGUUAUCAAUUAGCCCAAAUAAGUGAUACAAAGCAUAACAGUGACCAACCUUGUACUGUUGAGUUAAUUUGAACUUCUAAUGACAUUGAGGCUAAUGUCUUUAGCUAAAGGUUGAUCUUGUUGGCCACAUAGAUGUGAACUAGGGAAGGGGAAUCAACUUACGGCAUAUCACAGUUGAUCCUUGUUAAGUAUAAACUCUUGUAGGUCUUUUCCCAGAAAGAAGCUUGACUAGCAGGAAUUCUAAAACUAAAAUAUAUCAAACAGCAUAAAUAGGAAUAGUCAUAAAGUGCUCUUCUAUUAAAGCCUUUGGUGAUCUGAUUUAUUUACUAUGAUUUAUAUUGUACAGUUCCCUGAUUUACAGAAAAGCAUCAAAAUAUUAUUAAUCUACAUCUUAUGUAUAUAAAUAUUGCCUAAUCCAUAGAAAAAAGGAUAUAAAGUAUUAAAUAUAUGAUAUACAGCUAUAUCUAUCUAUCUAUGUAUCUAAUAGGGAAGUUCAAGUCACUUCAAUUAAAGAAACAUGUCUCUGAGCAUAGGAGCAGCCUCAGGUCCUAUGGGGGGAUGCAGCGGACAGGGGAGGGGGAAAUUAGAAAAGACAACUAUAUAAUUGAAAAAGGGAUAUAAAGCAUUAAAUAUAUGAUAUAUAGCUAUAUCUAUCUAUGUAUGUAUCUAAUAGAGAAGUUCAAGUCACUUCAAUUAAAGAAAUAUUUUUGAGCAUGAGACCAGCCUCAGGUCUUAUGCUGGGAUGCAGUAGACAGGAGAUGGGGAAAUUAGAAAAGAGAACUAUGUAAUUGAAAUGACAUGGGCUGCGCCCUUAAGGAACUUAUAAUUAAUGAUGAUCUGAAUAAACAUACCAGGAUAAAGAUGUCAAAUGAGUGUGACUCCCUUAAAGUAGAUUAAAGUGUGCAUUCUUUGUUUCCUAAAAUAUGAUUUUACUGCUUGAAAUUACAUUUGAGCUGAACUUUAGAAACUAACAUAGUGUUAAUAUGAAUAAUCACGGAAAAUUAUUAUCCUUUGAAAACUGAUAAAUAUAUUCCCCCUCCUUUAGAAACAGUCAAAAGCCACUUCAAACAAGUCUCAAAAUAAAGGAAGGUAGCAAGUUAGGCGAUGGAUUAUAUUUUCUUGCUUGUUGUAUACUGGUUGUCAAGGUCAUUAUAAGGACUCCCAAAAGCAUUUUGAAGGAUAGCAAUAUCAAAUAAGUGUAUGUCCUCUCAAAUGAGGCAUUUUUAAUUGUUAAAACCUAUUUGGACACUCAGAUUAUGUUAUGUUAUGAAAAAUAAGCUUCAUUAUUUUUAUAGCUACAUCCUAUUAUUCCCUUUUAGAAACAAGAAUAACAAUAGGUUUUAAUAGUUGCCAUACUUAGCAUUUAUCAGGUCUAAUGAAACCAAUAUUGAAUCUCUGAUAAAUAUUUUCUGAUGUUACUAGCUAUGGGAAGUUAGAACUGGCACAACCCUGACAUUACUAAAUGGAAAUGUUAGGAUUUUUCGGCAUCACAUGUUAGAAUCCCUAAAAUUUAAACAUUCAUGUUAAAUGACUAAAGUUUGCUUCUCUCAAUAUGAAUUCUGAAGGCCAAUAUCAUUAACUAUGAAAGUUUUUAAUUCCUAAAAAUAGUUUGAGAUAUUCAAGCAAUGCUCUCCUAAUAUCCAUAUGCAAUUGUGUUUAUGACACAAAUUCACUAGUCUGUUUAAAAAUGAUUUCUUUAUAUUGACUGGCGUUCCACAUAUUUCAGUAAUUUCUCUUAUGAGAGGACUUGAAAUAGCAAAUUGCCACACAGUUAACUGGAUAGACCACGUACGAGGUGAUCAUAACCACUUGGUACUACACCCAGAAACUCAAAAUUGUCUUUCUCCUGAUGAGAUAUGGGUGUCCUUUUGUACAUCUAGCCCUAGGUAACCAGCGGAGUGAUUAUAUUAGCCAAUGUGUUUGUAUCCAGAGUCUUCCUGUCAUUGUAAUAAAUAAUUUAUUUAAAAAUUUUCUCUUGUGUUUCUUUUUUGGUAAUCAUCUUGGUGAUAUUUGUGAAUAUAUAUGUAUGUGUGUGUAUAUAUAUAUACACAUAUAUAUACACACAUACAUACAUAUAUAUAUACAUACAUACAUACAUAUAUAUAUAUGGCAUAUCCCCCAAAGGAAUAUCAUAUUUUCAUUUGCAAGCCUUGAUUCUUUGACUUGCUGUUGAGUUUCACAUUGGCUCCACUGUAUAUUGCAGGAAAAAGUAUCUGGAAAGCAUGGAGUGUUAAGAGCAGAGGCUCCUCGGCAGUGUGUCUAGGCCGUGUGUGCUUGCUGUGCUUGUCAGAGCCUCAUUCCCUCCCCUGUGUUGGAGAGCUUUCUCACAGGGCUCAUCCAGAGGUGCUAGAAAGCAAUCUGAACACUAUUAAACACUUCAAAUAUAAGGAAAAAUGUAUAAUGUUAGAAACACACAGUUAAAAAGUAGCCCCAGUUAUCAAACAUUCUGUUACUAUUUUAGAAACUAAAUUAAGCCUACUUUGAACAUGAUGGUAUUAGAAAAAUGAUGGAAUACAGUUUGUUAAAUAUUAAUAUUCUGUCUUUAGAUGAUAGCAUUUGGUGACUUUUAUUUCUUUUCUGAUACAUUUUUUCCAGUGUUCUGUAUUUUUAAAAUCCUUUUAUAAUUAUUAUAAUGAACACUUUAGAAAAGAUACUAUUUCUCUUCCAUACUUAGAGGGCACAUUAUAAUAAUUGAGUAUUUUAAAAUUAAAUUUUAUGCCAUAUGUUUAAAAUGAAAGUUCAGGUUACAUUAAUUCCAAUUGAUUUUAAAGCCUUAUUUUCACAGAAAGGACUCAUUCAAUUUUUUAAAUUUUAUAAUCAUACAUUUUGAUUCAUCAGUUAUAUAAAAGCAGUGUUAUAGACUCCUUUAUUCUCCACAAAAUGUUGUCUUAUAUGUAAAGUGCCAAAAGUUGUGUUUAAUUUCCUAAGAAAGUCAUUGCUUUGUAAACAUUUGCAUAAUAGUGUUUUUUGAAAUUUUAAAAAAUUAGCUUAACCAAAAGAGUUGCAAAAUUAAAACUUUCUUGAGUAGAUAUCUUUCAGAUAAAGCUGCAUGGCUUCAUGUACAAUAGUCCCCAGAUCACUUUGCAUUGUAAUUUGCUCAAGAAGGAGCCUACAGAUGGCAGGUAGGAGAAGGUAAACUGGAAAUUAACAGGUCUGUCUGUAAGAGCAUGCCACUGGAAACGCCCAUCCAAUUUGGGACCCCUGGAAGACAGCAUGUGUCUAAUGGGAGGCCUGUCCUAGUACAACUCCUUUACUCUUUUCACCUUCAUCUUGACCUUCUCAAAUACCAUCUUUAUGUAAAAUGUUGAUGUUGUGGAGUUUUUGCAGUAAUUUAAUUUUUAUAAAUAUUGUAUUAAAAUAUAUUUAUCUUGA